UAUGACCUCGACUCCGGAUUUGUGUGUUCUAGAAGGAAUGAAUGGUGGUUUCUAUGAUGCGUCUGUGACGACGGAGAGAUACUUUUUUGCGUAUGUUUACUACGUCGCACCGAUUUAGUUAGCUCCGAUAUUCUCUGUGCUAAUUAUCAAUCAAACGUUUUGUGGAGUGUAAAUAAAUUUAUCUGACAUACGUUUGUAUACGAUUGCCGUGCACAAGUGCCAUAAAAUAAUAUUGCUUUCUGUGUAUUUCACUGCAUCUUUUGCAGUUUGAGUUUGUGCGGUUUUGUGAAGAAUGUACAAUGAUAUCUUCGAGGAGUGACAUUGAUUCGAAGUUUAAACUCCGGCCGAAAAGACUGAGUAGAAAAAUGACAUAUAUUCGCUUUUAUAACUGAGCAAGUACACAUCAAAUACGACCUUGUUCAAUUCCUGAAACUAUAAAAUAAGCAUUUGAAAGAAUAUAUCCAAAGCUUUGAACAAUAUGCCUUCUGUCUGUGGCGAUAUAGUCGACAUGGCUGUUGCCUCUCAAUCAGGCAUCAUGGAAGGUAUUUCGAGUACUGACAGUGUUGGAACUCAGAGUGAUAUAUCAGGACACACAACUGUACCAGGAAGACCCAGAAUGGAUGUUGCUUGUGUUUUGGAUUUGCAACAAUCUGAACAUCUAGCUCAGCGAAAGAAAGCGUUAGAUGAAGUUAGACAAGCCUGUAAUUUGGUCAAUGCUAAUAUACAUCAUAUUCAGUUCGAAAAACUUGAUUUUGGUGAAACUAAUGUGCUGGACACAUUUUAUAAUGCUGAUGUAGCAGUCGUGGAUUUAAGUAUUCAGUUGCAACAAUCUGCACUAUUUUAUCAUUUAGGUGUUAGAGAAAGUUUUGGAAUGAAGGAAAAUAUUCUGCUGUAUAAUGAUGUAGAUACAGAGGCUACAAUUAGACUUAGGUUAUCUUGUGGCAGCUACACAUUUGUUUCAUAUCGUGUUGUGGAAUCAUGUGGUUCCUGUGUCGCCACUAAUCCAGCAACUAGCAGAAUCACAGGAGAAGAAGCAAUAGAUCCUAAACAACAUCUUACUUUAAAGCUGAAAAAAUUGUUUCAGGAUGUAGAAGUGCAAUCUAAAGCGCAUAUGAAAGAAAAAUUUUUGGCAGACCUGCGCAAGGCGCGUGAGACAUAUUCUGGAGAGGAACUCUCCAAAGCUUUAAACAAUAUGCGCAAACGAUUAGAUGAUCCAAAUGUUUUAUCGGGAGAAGUAGUUCUAAACGUUCUUAUCUCGUUUCGAGAAAUACAGGAUUAUGACGCGAUGGUUCAAUUAGUUGAUGAUUUGCGAACGAUACCAACUCACAAAAAUUAUAUAAACACUCCGGCCAUAAGAUAUUUAUAUGCGUUUGCCUUAAAUCGACGAAACAAAGAAGGCGAUCGAGAAAGAGCGUUAAAAGUUAUUGAGAAAGCUUUGGAGAAAAAAGAAAAUCACGUUCCGGAUAUGUUGUGUUUAUGUGGGAGAAUAUAUAAAGACAAAUUUGUAGAGAGCAGACAUACAGAUCAGGAAAGUUUAAAGAACGCGAUUCACUGGUAUAGAAAGGGAUUUGAGGUCCAACCUAACGAAUACGCCGGUAUAAAUCUUGCUACUUUAUUGGUCAUAGCCGGAAAUGAGUUUUCGAAAAGCGAAGAGUUACAACACAUAGGAAUGGUUUUAAAUAAUUUAAUCGGUAAAAAAGGCAGUUUACCGAGUCUGAAGGAUUAUUGGGAUGUGGCGACAUUUUUUGAAAUUAGUGUAUUGGCGGAAGAUUAUUCGAAAGCUAUACAAGCAGCUGAAUGUAUGUUUAAAUUGAAGCCACCAAACUGGUACCUGAAAUCAACAAUAGGCAACAUAUCACUGAUAGAUCGAUUUCGCAAAAAAAAUGAGGAGGCUGACGUUACGCCGGAGGAACAAAUAUUUAGUUUCUGGAUGGACUACUUUGUCGAAGCUACAAAGCCGGAGGUUGGCGAUAGUAUACGGUUUCCAAUUUUAGUGUUAGAACCAACAAAGAUCCUGAUGCCGAGUUACGUAAACGUGAAUCUCGGUGCUGAGGAAAAAUCUAUACAGAUAUGGAAUUUGUGUCUGGAUAAUAUGAGAAAUAACUGCAGGCAAGUCCACGAUUGGUUGUUUACCGCGAGCAUGAUACGCAGCGUUAGUCUGUACAAGAGGGACGAAAGAUGCCUGUUUCUAUAUGUUCACCAAAACUCGGACGAUUUUCAAAUGUACUUGCCAUCGGUACAGUGUAGACAAAGAUUUUACGACUUAAUCUUGGAAAUGACCAGAGAUCAAGAAGGCAUGGUUACAGAUUUGGACGCUUAUAUGACUGAUGAUCGCAUGAAGUUCGAGUACGAGCUGGAUGAUCAAAAUAAGCGUAUAAUUCUCGGUAAAGGCACAUACGGAGUGGUAUAUGCGGCACGCGAUUUGAACACUCAAGUUAGAAUUGCGGUCAAAGAAAUUCGUGAGCGUAACUUGGGUGACGUACAACCCUUACAUGAAGAGAUUAAGUUGCAUAGUCAGUUGAGACACAGAAACAUUGUUCAGUAUUUGGGAUCAGUUAGCGAGGAUGGAUAUUUCAAAAUUUUUAUGGAGCAGGUUCCCGGAGGAAGUUUAUCGGCUCUGUUAAGAUCGAAAUGGGGUCCUUUGAAAGAAAAUGAAUCGACUAUCUCAUAUUACACUAAACAGAUGUUAGAAGGCCUUAAAUAUCUCCAUGACCAAAAAAUAGUCCAUAGAGAUAUAAAAGGUGACAAUGUGUUGGUGAACACUUAUAGUGGAGUCGUAAAAAUAUCUGAUUUCGGUAUGUCAAAACGUUUAGCUGGUUUAUGUCCGAGUACGGAAACAUUUACUGGAACGUUACAGUACAUGGCACCAGAGGUUAUUGACAAGGGUCAACGUGGUUAUGGCGCUCCCGCGGACAUUUGGUCUCUGGGUUGUACAAUAGUUGAGAUGGCGACGGGAAAACCGCCAUUUAUUGAACUAGGAUCUCCACAAGCGGCAGUUUUUAAAGUGGGAUAUUACAAAAUACAUCCUGAAAUACCGUCAGAGUUGUCUGAGAGAGCAAAGAGUUUUAUAUUGCGAUGUUUUGAACCAAAUCCUGACGUAAGGGCAACCGCCGCCGAGUUGUUGGAAGAUCCAUUUCUCAAUGAGAAAAAGAAAAGCAGCAGAUUAGUCGCGCCUCCAGAUUUCAGCAGAAGCAUAUCAGUUCCCGCGGAUAGAAUAGAACGUUUGGGUAAAUGUGAUAAGACAAACAAUAAUCAUAUCGUCACCGCUACGCCUAUUCAAACAUCUCAAUCUGACGAUAGUGGAGGUUUAACGAAGUCAAGUCCGUUGAAGGGACGCAGUCCGGCUCACCUAUCUCCCAUCAGCAUGCCUACUGCAACCCUCUCUUUUAACAGUGCAAUAGCAAAUACUCCAUCAAUAGAAACUAGUGAAAGUGACACAGCUGGUGCUUCCAUAACUAGAAGAAGUUCAUCUGGAGGAUUGCUGUCGCCGGAAGUUGAAUUAGGAGGACAACCAGGACAGAAAUCUGGAGAGGAGCAAGAAGGUUUUUAUUUGUUAAAAAAAGACAGCCAAAGACGCAUGACGUUAACAAGGGUUCUCAACCAAGAUGAGGCAAAAAUUUGUGAAGUCUGGAUGAGAGGUAUACAUCAAGCAGAAGGACACACGGUGUUACAAAUGAGUCAUCUAGUGUUGCUCAUGCGCGGCCUGAGGGAUUACAUUGCGGAGCAAAAUCAGGAAGUAAUAGUAACCGCAAUUCGAACAUUGAAAGAAGAAUUGGAUUUCGAUUCGACUGCCAUUAAUCACUUACACUUGGCGAUUUAUUUGUUUCAAACGGCAGUAAAUGAAGUUCUUAGAAUGCACAGUAUAAAGCCACAUUGGAUGUUUGCUUUAGAUAAUUUAGUGAGAAACGCUGUUCAAGCUGCUAUCACAGUGUUAUCUCCCGAACUGGGAGCUAAUUUGCUUGGACAAGAGCGAAUGCAACCUGGUGGGCAAGGUCCUGAGGAAGGAUCAACGUCUGGAGUGUCAACAGUAAAUUCCGUAAAGUCUCAAAAAACUGCCGAUUCCAUUGAUAAUAAUAAAUAUUGGAAAGAAUACAGAGAUCAAAUGGGAGCGUUAAAAAUGGAAAAUAUGAAAUUACUUCAAGAAUUGGUAGAAAGUCAAAAGUCGUAUCAAACGUUGUUGCAGCAAGCUCUUGAAGAACAAAGAGCUCAAGUUGAUAUCUUGACGCAUCUGUGUGAAAACAUCAAUAGAAGAGCAGCGAGGCAGGAAUCAGGUUACAAUUCUUGCAUUACGGGAAAUAUGUCUCAACAAUCAGUGUCCUUAAUGAACACCGAUCAUGUUGUUUCGCAAUCAGAUACAGAUCUUGUUAAUUGGUUACAAAAUCUUCAAAUAGAUGAAACUUCAAUCGAUAGAUUUCUGUAUGAGGAAUAUACGCUGGAAGAUGUUUUGCAUUACGUUACGCGAGACGAUCUCCGCAGAUUAAAUUUAAGGGGAGGAGUCGAACUCAGGAUAUGGCAUGCUAUACUGAAACAUCGAGAAAAUGGAAAUUGAAUUGUAAAGAUAAAUGCAAUUGCCAUCAUUGUUACAAGUGUCACUAAUGGUUGAAGUUCAAAAUAGAACAACAUAUCCGAUUCAAUUAGAUUGUCAUAAGAGAAAUAAUGAAUUUAAAAAUCGGCUCUAUAUACUAUAAUAUUAUAUUAGAUAUAAAAAUCAAACUAAUAUCAAGAGUUUCUUCCGUGACACGAUAUUAUUAGUUUACAUUUUUGUAGUUCCUACAUGUAGAUGUUAAAUAUCACUAUCUUUGCAGAAGAAUCUCGUACAAGUUCACAUGAUAAUUACAGUAACAAACCGUUGUAUGCCUUAAUAGUUUUAUCGCAGAUUUUAAUUGUUUUUUUGUCAAAAUUUCUCAAGAUAUCAGAACUCAGACAUCAAUACUUGUACGUGAAAAUCAGUAUUUGCACGUGAAAUGUAUAGCGUGUCUCCCCAAAUUGAUUGUACAAUCGACAAAGAAGUAAGUUCUUUAAGAAGAAAUAAGUUAAAAAUGUACAUUAUGUAGUAAAUGUACAUUAUUCAGUUCACAGACACUGUGUCUCACACGUUAUAUUUCCUUGUCAUAGGAAAUUAGUAAAUUUUGAUUUUAAAUCUUCUUUAUUUUUAACAUCUAAAUCUGAAAAAAUAAAAGUAAAAAAAUACACAUAUAGA